UCGAUCUCAAUGGCCGGAAACAACCAAAUCCCCCAAUCGGAGUCCGGAUUCGAAGAUUGGCUGCCGGAGAUGGCCUGCAAGCUCGGGGGAGAGGGGCUGAUCGGAGAACUCUGCAACGGAUUCAAUCUGCUGAUGGACCCUGAGAAGGGAGUGAUCAAUUUGGAGAGCUUGAAGAGGAAUGCGGCGGCGCUAGGGCUGGGAGAUCACUCCGACGAGGAGCUGAGAGGCAUGUUGAGAGAAGGGGAUUUCGACGGCGACGGCGCUCUCAAUCAGAUGGAAUUUUGUGUUCUUAUGUUCAGAUUAAGUCCGGAGUUGAUGGACGCCUCCCGCUACUGCUUCCAACAAAGUCUCCGUCGAGAGUUUCCCAAUUUUUCUUGAUUUAUUUAUUUAUUUAUUAUUAUUAUUAUUAGUGCAAUAUAUAUAAAAGAAAACACAAAUAAAUUUGACUCUCUGCUUAUUAA